AUGGACCAAUGUGUACUCUCUCAUUUACAGGUUGACUUCCUGUCCCUUGAUCCUAUGGUUACGGUCAUCUUAAGGGUUGAGAGUGAAGUCGACAAGUUCUCUAUAAACCAGGACACAGGUGUUCUCUCGACCAAAGUCAAACUAGACUUUGAGGAGAAGAGCAGCUACACUGUGCAGGUGUCGAUAUCAGAUGGAACUAACCGGGAUGAGGCAUCAGUCCUGGUUGAGGUGCUGGACAUCAAUGACAACAGUCCAGAGUUUGAAAUUCACCCUACUACUGUCCCAGUAUCAGAGAAUUACACGGUGGGAGAUGAUGUAACCUCCGUAACAGCCACAGAUGCAGAUUUAGGGUUUAAUGGUGAAGUGCAAUACACCAUCCUGGGAGGUGUUGGGAGAUUUAGUGUUCACCAAGAAACAGGAGCGAUAACUCUAGUAGCUCCCCUUGACAGGGAGACCCAAGAUGAGUACCGCUUAGUGAUCACUGCCCAAGAUCAGGGUCACCCGUCACGUUCCACUACCACCACUCUGGACAUCUCCGUAACUGACAUCAACGACAAUGCUCCCAUAUUUUCCAAACAGCAGUAUGAAACCACAGUGUCCGAGCACGCUGAAGUAGGAACAAGUGUCAUAGACAUUAUGGCGACAGACAAAGAUGACGGUGAAAAUGCUAUUGUGACUUAUCACAUUGUCAAGCAGGAGCCUUCUUCAACACCAUAUGUCUUUACCAUCGAUGAAGAGUCUGGUUCCAUAAGCCUGGCUGGAAAACUGGAUUAUGGCAAAGCUAAACGGUACACUCUAGAGGUGGAGGGUCAAGAUGGAGGAAACCCCGUUCUCACUGGCAGUACUUCUGUAACGGUGUCGAUUAAGGACGUAAACGAUAAAGCUCCUGUGUUCAGUAAGGACCAGUAUGACGUGUCCGUCUAUGAAAACCUUGCAGGUGGAACUGCUCUGGAUUCUUUGGAAGUUUCAGAUGAGGAUGAGGGUGGGUUCUCUAAAGGUCAGUUUAUCAUGGACAGUGAUACCUUCAUUAUCAACAGUCAAGGAGUAAUAUCACUCAGGAGUGAUGCCACCUUGAAUAGAGAAACUAUAGACAAAUACAACAUUGAGGUAAUAGCUGUAGACCAGCCUGUUGAUGGUUUAAGUUCCACAGCUCAGGUCACCAUCACUGUUCUGGACGUCAACGACAACAACCCACAAUUCCUUCCUUUCCCAGAGCCCAUUGAGAUUCAGGAAGGUGUGUACACUCCCUCAUCAGCUGGAGAGGUGUGCUUAAUCUCAGCCACAGACUCUGACAUUGGAGACAAUGGACGUGUCACCAUGACUAUUUCUUCUUACAGCAAUAUCUUCAGCUUCAAAGAUGAUGGGACUCUACUAGCUAUCGAGGAGCUGGAUCGAGAGACACAAGAUGUGUAUGAUUUGGUCAUUGUUGCUGUGGAUCAUGGGAUCCCACAGGGAAAUAACAUCACCACAGUGAGGGUCAGUAUCACAGACGUCAAUGACAAUGCUCCAGUCUUCAGCUCUGACACCUACAGCAGAAGCAUUCUGGUUAAAGACGCCAAGGUUGGAGAGGUGCUGCUGACGCUCUCUGCCACAGAUAAAGAUGCCGGAUCCAACGCAAUCAUUAGCUACAGUUUCUCUGAAGAGUCUUCCAUGGUUGCACUGGAUGCUGAAACAGGAGACAUCACUCUGACCUCUGACCUUAGCGAGGUCACAGAAGACAUGCUGCUAACCCUUACUGCUUCAGCGACAGAUCAUGGAACGCCAGCACAGUCUGAUGAAGCCGAAGUCUUGAUCCACUUCAAAAUUUCCUCUCUCACUGAGAGUGUGGCUUUUGAGAGCUCCUCCUACAACUUCAAAAUUAAGGAGAAUGAACCUGAGGCCACAAUAGUAGGCAAGGUCAAGGCAGUACCAGGGAGUCCACUGGUUACAGUCAGCUAUAACAUGAAGUCACACGAGGAUGUCUUCUCUGUGGAUGAGGAAGGAACCAUAAAAGCUCUCAGGCCACUGAACAAGGAGGAAGAGGAGUGGCACAUCCUCACCGUAGAGGCAAUAGACUCCAGAACACCUCCAAACACUGCAGAGACAACGGUCAGCGUUCAGGUUGAGAAUGUAAAUGAAGCUCCUGUGUUUGACACUGAAAUAUAUAAGGCAGAAAUGUUCAGUAUCACUCCAUACAAAUUCCCUAUAGUGAAGGUCCAGGCAUCAGACCCUGAUGUUGGCGAGAGCUCAGAUUUGCAGUAUUCACUACUGGAGUCCACAUCUCUGGUGGAAGUGGAGGCAAACACUGGUCAGAUCUAUGUGCUGGAUGCAUCUAGUGUUGGCGACGGUCUGUUCACUUUACACAUUAAAGCCACUGACAAACAUGGACUGUUCACGACUACAAAACUUGAGUUCACAGUGAAAGAAAGUGAAAGUGACAACGUCGUGGUCCUCUCUCUAAACCAGCCCGUGUUCACAGUGGAGAAGAAGAUACCAGAGAUUGAAGAGUCCAUGACGAAAGCUUUAGGUUUGACUGUGAAAAUCCUCAGUGCGAGAGCUGAGGAUGGGAUUGAGAUGCGCACCAUUCUCCGGGAAUCUGCAGUCAAGACUUAUAUCAGCUUCAUUGCCAUGGACUCCAGUGGUGCUGUCAUUGAAGCCACGGAGGUCAAAGAGAAACUGCGGAGUAAUCACAACGCUCUAAAAGUGGAGCUGGAGAAGGUGUUUGGUUCCGAUUUGGAAUUCAAAGUGGAGGAUGGUUCUGGAAACAAUUCUGAAGAUUCCAGUCAAGCAGCAGUCAUCGCUCUCGGUGUUCUGCUGGCUAUAAGCAUUGUGGGACUCAUCACUCUGACGACUGUCUAUCUCGUUAGGAAAAAGAAAAUGAAGUACACGGAUUUGGACAAAGAGAGCUUCAAUAUUGGCAGAACCAAGACCAGAUCAAGUAUUGACAGUAGUUUUCAAUUUUCCAGCAAAAAAGAAGAAGCCAAAGAGGUUGAGUUCAGUAACAGACGCGAGUUUGAAAGAGAUUCCGAAAAUGAUGCAGAUUUGAAAACUGGAAGCAGCAUCUCUGCCCUAUGAAAACUGAUGGAUUAUAAGACUUCAUGAGUUUUAAAAUGAAUUGACACACUGUUAAAUCUCUGUUCCAAAACUUAGUGAGUUGCAUUUUAAGGCAAUUCCAAAAGAUACAAGCUAAUCCCAUAAUGCAUUGUGACAAGACAGAGUGAAAUGUUGACUAUAAAUAUAUUUCUUUCAGUUAAUAAUGAAAAAUUUUAAAUUUUACUCAACAUUUUAUGUUUGCUGCCUAUGUAGCGUGUGCAAUAUCAGUCACUUCUAGGUUUCAUUUCAGUUAAGAUGCUUAAACUUACCCAUUUUUGGAAAAGAGCAAAAAUCUUUUUUGUAUCCGUGUUUUUAAUAUGUACAUUCAACUGCCUUGCAUUUUGAUAAUUAAUUUUCAAUGUGGUCUUUUACAAUGGGACUUGGACAUCCCAAAACCUGCUCACAAAUAACAGUAGUCUUUUGCACUUUAACUGGCCCAGCUAUGAUUGUGUAUCAAAACGCUUUUAAUUUGUAUCUUUGAUGUAAAUACCUUUUUAGAAUGAUUUAACUUUUAAAAAAAUGUUUCUUAACCGAAGUGUGUGUAUUUAUCACAGGUCAAUCCACAAAUGAGACUUUUGAGUUUUAAUCCCGCACACUUCCAUCCAGUUUGUGCUUUGGGCUGUGCUCAGAAAAGCAUACUAGCAUACUUUUUUUAAAGAUUAAUCCAACCUGAACGCCAAAUGUUGAGGCAUUUACGCAAAAAAUUUUAUUAAAAAAAAAUAUUAAAACCAGUAAUAAUUUCUGAAAUGAAAAUUAAAAUUAAAUACAAUUUGCUUCUGGUAAACAAUGCAACAUACUACCAUUUGAAAUGUUUUAUUGUUGCAUUUACAGCAAAAAAAAAAAAAAAAAGGUAGGAAGUAUGCAGUGUACACUAUAGUAUGCUGUACACUAGUAUUCUAUUCCAAACACAGCCAUCAGCCACUAGUUACACUCAGCAGAAAGAAAAAUAAUUAAUAAAAAUCACCUCACAACCUGCUUUUUGGACUUGAUUCAUAAUUAAAUCAUAUUAAAAUUUUAUUAAGUUAUAGCCUAUAUUAAAAUAAAUCAAAACAGAAAGACAGAGAGAAAUCAAAUACAGAGAACGCAAGAAUGACAUCCAAUAGAUUAUGGAAUGUAUUUCGGUAAAUAAAAUAGAGCUCCAACUGUUCCAUCAAAUGUGCAAUAUUCCAGCCACAAAUGUUCUGAGCCUGAAAAAAGCACCGUAAGUUUCUAUAUACACAACGUAGGUAUAUAUAUAUACACACACAGUAGAUUUAUAUAU